AUGGCGCCAAACAAGAGAGUCGCGAAGGAACUCAACUACACUAUGCGUCGAGGUACCACCGCCUGGAUUAAACAAGACGUCAAAAAGUUAAUUGUUUCCAAAUUGGUUACUCGUAUCGGUGGCGGGGUGGUUGAAGGCGGACCAGGCACGGGUGUUUGGGGCUUUUUUUCCAUGAGGACUAGAAUCUGUGCGACAAAGUAUGCCUUAGCCUUCAAAGUCUUGAAAGACAUGCCAGACUUCUCAUCAACGGAGAAUGGUUGUCAGGGUGGAUUGAUUUUUGAAUUGAAACAUCUGGGUGACGCUGCGGCCCGCAGCGACAGCUAA